AUGAAACACUCCGCUGUUCUUCCAAUUCUCAAAGUGGUCGUUACUACCUUCGGUCUCGGCACCGCGAAUGCAGCACCUCACUGCGUUGACAAGCUCUCUAAUGAGGUCGCCAUGUCCAAGUGCGAGGGCACCAAUCCUGGUGCGAGCGACUUUCACCAUGUCGAUGGCCCUGAUCCCGUGGAAACCGACAACGAUAUCCCAGCUACAACUCCUGCGCCGAAGCCUAAGUUUGUCAGUGCUGGAUUCGGCAAGAGAGGCGACGAUGUCCACACAAUCUUUGUGGGUGGCGGCUAA